AAUGUCUAGGGCUAAAACUAAAGUAGGAAGAUAUACAAAGCAAAGACAUAAAGAAAACAAGCAGCAAUUAGCCAAUAUUGAAAUGAAAAAGAUAAUGGUACCAUACCUAUCAAUUUAUUCGGAUUCGCAAGAUAUGAUCAUAAUAUGCCACCAAUCUUUCAGAGAUUUAUUAGUUGAAAACUGGGCACUAGAAGUGGAAAAUUUUAACCAUAUAUUUUCCAGAGCAUUACAUUCAAUGUCUAGUGGUAUUUAUACAAAACAAGAAUACAUGGAUGUUUUAGAAGUUACAGGAAUAGAGAUUGAUGAUAGAAGUAGUUAUACCAGAUUCAUUGAAAUUUUUAUUGAAGUUUUAUACAAGAGAAUUAUGAGAUGUCUCAGACGACUUCCUGGUCUAAAUCAACUGAAUCAUAAAGAUUUUUAUAAAACUAUUCUAAGUCAUAAGGAAAAUCUUUGCGUACUCAUUGAAGUUGCAUCAAAAGCAAAUUGGACACCGGAAGGAUUAGCUUUUCAAUUGGGUAAUCAACGUUCUGUUUUACUUCCAAGUGAUUAUAUGGUUAAAAUGACUGAUAAAGAAAUUGCGGAGAGCCAACACAAACGCGGUAUUAAAUUAACAGAAGUUAAUCUGAAAUUUGAAGAAGCUAUAUUUCUCACAACUAUUUUUAUGCUCAGUCCAACAAAAUGUCAACCACAUUUCCAAGAUUUCUAUCAACGAUUUAUGUUUGCUUUUACUAAAUAUCUUGAAGAAAACUACGGAAGUAAUUAUCACUUAAGAUUGCAGAAGCUUAUUUCAACAAUUGCAUUCUUUAGAGAGGAUAAUCUUCGACAGAAAAAAUGGGUUAAGAACAAUGAAGAAUAUUUCACAAAGAUGUACAAAACGGAUUUAUUAAAAGCUUUUUCCGUAAUCGAUGAUCUUGAUGAAGGAGUUGAGAUUCUAAGCAGACUAGAUAUUUGA